AUGCCUAUUGGAUCAGCUUUAAAGUCGUCAUCGUCUUCUUCUUUACGACCUUCAUUGUUGGCGACUGCAGUUGCUUCUUGUGAUCAUGAAAGAGUAAAAGUUUCAAGAAUUCGAGUGAGGAAAACCACAUUUGGGCAUUCUAAUAGCAUAUUUGGGAGAAUGAAUCAUCAACAAAGUCGCAAACUUAACGAUCCUGAAAGUGACAACAAGUAUUUUACAGAAGUUCAUAGACAUCAAAGACCAAUAACAAAAGUUCUGGCAAUUGAUGCCUCUAAAGGUUUUGUUCUUCGUCCUCAAAUCGAUGGCAAAUCACUUGGAGCUACAUUGGAAGUUAUUUACAGAUAUUCAAAAGUUUACACACUUCAAGGAACCGUAUGA